AUAAAUACAAUUGCCUAACUCUUCAAACACCAGAAACCAAACUAAACACCCACACCUACUCAUCACUCCCCCACCUAUUCUCCAUUAAUUUUCUCACAAUCCACAACCACAUACAGUAACCCAUUAGCCAAUCCAUAAUUCGAUCCUGCAUACAGAAUAAACUUAAACAAACAAAGACAUGCCCAGCAACUCCAAAAUCUUGGAAGCUCUGAAUGUCCGGGUAACCGGGUCAGGCGAGCAGUACCUGGUCCUGGCCCAUGGCUUCGGCACUGACCAGUCCGCCUGGAAUCGAAUUCUCCCUUUCUUCAGACCUAACUACCGCAUCGUUUUAUACGACCUCGUCUGCGCCGGAAGUGUCAACCCCGACUACUUCGAUUUCAGCCGCUACACCAACCUCGAUGCCUUCGUCGACGACUUGCUCAACAUUCUCGACGCCGUCGGGGUCAAAAAGUGCUCCUACGUCGGCCACUCCGUCUCCGCCAUGAUCGGCAUCCUCGCCGCCAUUCGCCGCCCCGAGCUCUUCUCCAAGCUCAUCCUCCUCGGCGCUUCUCCAAGGUUUCUGAACGACAGAGACUACCACGGAGGGUUCGAACUGGAGGAGAUUGAGAAACUGUUCUCGGCGAUGGAGGCGAAUUACUCGGCCUGGGUCAACGGCUUCGCACCACUAGCCGUUGGAGCUGAUGUGCCAGCCGCCGUCCGAGAAUUCAGCCGGACCCUGUUCAACAUGCGCCCUGAUAUUUCGCUAUUCGUUUCCCGGGCCGUCUUCAACAGCGACCUGAGGGAGUUCUUGGGUUUUGUCCGGGUGCCGUGUUACAUAAUCCAGACGACAAGAGACCAUUCUGUCCCUGCCUCGGUGGCGACCUACCUGAAGGAGCAUCUCGGUGGCCGGAAUACCAUCGUUAUGCUGGAGACGGAGGGCCACUUGCCGCAUUUGAGCGCGCCAGGUCUGUUGGCCCGGAGGCUCCGGCAGUGUCUUUCAUCAUAGUAUCGAUCAUAAUGACCCGGGCUCCGAAUGUGUGCCCGACGACUUGGCCCAACUUCAAGGUGGGCCCCGGAGGAGAAAAUUGAAUAAGGCUAAAGAUAGACGACACGUGUAUGAUAACCUGUGGAGGGUAGUCCUUUUGGGCUUUCCUCCACUUUGGAUUAUAUAAUCUGCGUAAGGAUAAGAAUCUCCCAUGUGAUUGUCACGUGGUGAUAUGCCCCUUUUGUCAAUUUGGC